ACCUCCUCUGCGACUUUUUCUGGGAAUCGACAACAAACGCGUGCGCUCUUUUUUCAGACGGCAACUGGAUAGUUUGCAGUCUUUUAGUUAAAUAAAGGCUCUGCUUCAAAUAUCGACAGUUUUCCUGCAGUGUUCAUCGUCCUGGUCUGCAGCAGGCUGUGAUGGCAGGCUGAUGCUCCACUGCCUCCCCCACGUUUGUCACCUUGAGCAUCCCGUCCAGAAAACACCAUUGUACGUUUCUAUGAGAGGUUGAUCCCUCGAACCAUGAGUGUCCUGGGACCUCAGUCAAAGCAAGUCAAUGGAGUGGCCAGAUCGGACAGCAAGAUCAGCGCCAAGGCCCUCUACGAGCAAAGGAAAAAAUACUCCAACUCCAAUUAUAUCAUGCACGAGACGUCACAGUAUCAUGUUGAGCAUCUCUCCACGUUCAUCAUGGACAAGACAGAGUCUAUUGCCACAGUAGACGAUGCCAUCAAGAAACUCGUCUUUCUGGAUUCUAAAGAUAAAAUCUGGACGCAGGAGAUGCUCCUGCAGGUCACCGACAAGGCGGUCAGGCUGCUGGACUGUGACACACAGGAAGAGUUGGAAAACUUUCCGCUACCCACCAUCCACCUGUGUCAGGCAGUGCUGAAUCAGUCGCGUUACGCCUCCGUGCUGCUGCUCGUGUGUCAGGACCAUGAACAGCAUAAACCCGACAUCCACUUCUUCCACUGUGACGAGGUGGAGGCUGAGAUGGUUCAUGCGGAUGUUGAUAGCGCCAUUGGAGACAACAAGCAUGGAAAGAAAAUGAGGCCUCAGACUCUGAAGGUGAACCAGGAGAAAAUGAAGCGCCACAGAGAGACCAUCCUCCCCCCUUCAGCCCCAAAGGGCCCCGCACCUACUCCGAAGGGACGAGUGGCUGCCCCAAACACACAAGACAGACGACCCUCUGGACAAAAUGACACAGAGUCACAUGAAAAGCUUGCCCAGCGCAUUGAGAAGGAUGUGCAAAUCCUCAACUGUGCCCUGGAUGACAUUGAAAUCUUUGUGGCGCGGCUGCAAAAGGCAGCAGAGGCCUUUUCCCAGCUCAACCAGCGCAACAAGAGUAAGAAGAAUAAGAAGAAAGGACCAGCAGAGGGCAUGUUGACCCUGCGAGCCAAGCCCCCCACUGAAGCAGAAUUCAUUGAUAGCCUGCAGAAACUGAAGCUGGCCUUCAACCUCUUGGCCAAACUGAAGAAACACAUCCAGAAUCCAAGUGCGUCUGAGCUGGUUCAUUUCCUCUUCGGCCCUCUGGAGCUGGUGCUGCAGAGCUGUGGAAGUCCUGAACUCACACGUUCAAUUAUCUCUCCUCACCUGUCCAAAGACACUGUUGACUUCCUGCGGGGUCACCUCACCCCCAAAGAGAUGACCAUCUUUGAGCUGCUGGGGGACGGAUGGACCAAACCCAGAGCAGAGUGGCCGAGGGAUCAGUGUGCUCCGCCUUAUUAUCCCAAGUUUCGUAAUGGUUGGGAGCCGCCAGCGGAGCUCUUCAGGACGGCCCCAUGGGAAACAGAGGGCCCCACGGGGCCACUGGGGGGGUCCCCCACCAGCCCCAAUUACAGGAAACACUCAGCUGAUGAGUUUUAUGGAACUCAUUCCUCAAGUUCAUCAAAUGGGUCUUACAAUGGGAUGCCCGCGACCCGCAAAUAUGCCAAAAUUCGCUACCACUUUGUAGCGCGGAAUGCCAACGAGCUGUCAGUGUUGCAGGAUGAAAUCCUCGAGGUGAUAGAAGAUGACAAACAGUGGUGGAAACUACGAAAUCGCAGCGGCCAGGCCGGCUACGUCCCAUAUAACAUGCUGGAUGUUGUGAAGAUAGAAGAGCCUGAAGCCGUCUUCAAUCAGCAUGGCUACAGGAAGUCAUCACAUGGUUCUAUGAACCAUGGAGACAGUUUCAACAAGGGUAGACCCAAAGACAGAAUGAUGGAUGAGGUCAACAAUGAGUUAUUGAUGGCGAUCACCGCUAACAAAAGCCAGCCGCCCAGGAAGUUCCGUGUGGAGCGACACUCCGGCAACCAAGUGCCGCUCAGCUACACCUCAACCCCAGAGGAGGUCACAGCAUGGCUCAAAGCAAAAGAUUUCUCAAAACCGGCGGUUGAAUGUUUAGGGAUCCUGACUGGCGCCCAGCUGUUUUCCCUCAACAAAGAAGAACUGAAGGCAGUGUGCGGAGAGGAAGGUGGUCGUGUGUACUGUCAGAUCACUGUGCAGAAGACACAGCUAGAGAAGUCCAGCGGAGACUCAGAGCUCCAGGAGAUCAUGAAGCGGAGACAGGAGAGGAUCGACUCUGGCAGCACAGAAUGAACCUGCCGACCAGCACGAUGACCCAUCCAGCUGCUUUUCCUUCCCCUCGACUCCCUCGCUGCAGCAGCUUCUCAAAUCAAUCUACUGUUAGUUAGAUCCUACAGUAGAAUAUAUUCAAAUGUUGUAUACAUGUUUAAUUGUAUAUUUAUUUUGUAUCACCCAAUGUGUAUGUAUUCAUGUGUUAACUAAUUGUGUUGCUUUUGUUUCCCAUUCAUUCAUCUCAUUCAAUAUUGUCAUUGAAGGGAUAUUUCUUGUAUGAAAAGAGAAACAUGAAACUAUGUACAGUUUGGUGUGUGUGUGAGUGUGUGUGUAUGUGUGUGUGCAUGUGUACAGUAUGUGCGACAGGCAUGUAACAUACAUAUUUGUACAAGCAAUAUGAUUGUUAUGCUCAUUGUCAAUAUUGCCGCUGUUUACUAAAUGAAUCGGUAAAGAAGUAGAUCUUAGCUGUUAAAUACCCAAAUCUGUGCCAGGAUGUAUGACACAUUCUCUGAUAUUUAGCCAAUUAUUUUCAUAUUACUGUUUACAGCUAUAAUGAAUAAUAAAACAUCCUCUAUGUAUUGCUCAUAACAGAUGUCAGCAGUGCUCUCAUCCUGGAUGGUAGCUGCAGAUCAGCAGUACAGUUAGUCUUGCUAUUGAUAAUCUACUCAACUCAGAAAUUCUGCAUGAAGUCUUUGUCAACAAUGGUGAAAUGCUGUCAUUAAUGUGUUUUUUUUGCAGCAUGGAAUUUUGCAGGGUAAACUGCAUGGACACAGAAAUAUUAAGGUAUAUUUUAAGGAGAGUAUUUUCUUCUGGUAUUAAUGAUUAAAUGAAGAUUUGAUGAAAAAGUCAAGGAGGUUGUAAAUAUGGGACACAAAUAAACUUCCUAAAUGUUUAAUAUCA